AUGAGUUUCCAGAACAAUAGGCGGCCCCAGCGUUCAGGGGGAUCGACACCGGCGGCAAGCGAUCUGCCUGUGUUUGAUCCAAACACAGACAUUCCCGAUGAACCUCCACCAUCAUAUGACGAAUCUGUUGCAGAUCCGUCCAUUCCAGACAACUACGAAGCGGAACAACCGCCACGCCAGCCUUUGAGACCGCCAGAGCAGCCACCGAGACGAAGCUCCAGUACAAGGCGUCCAGGGAACUCUGAAAAGCUACAGCCUCCUUUGGUCCAUGCAACAUCCAACACCUCAUCGACACACUCAUCUAGUACGUCUACAUAUAGCAUGUCCACAUCUGUCCAUAGUGGUGGCCAUUCGCCGUAUGUGAGCAGCUCGCAGUUCAGACCUCCCCCAAACCCACCCACACCCACCAGCUACCAAGCAAGUGCUACAGAGCUUCCCCCUCCAACUGCGAUCAAUCCAAAUCCUUAUCUCCCCUGGAGAUACUCACCGUCUUAUCGAUGUUCGAAAUGUGAAAAUACUGGUUUCAAAAAGAAAAACGGACAUCCGUGCAAGAAAUGUUGGGGCAAGUUCAGACCUGGAGUUGUUCCUCCAAAGUCUCAGGCAGAACUAGAGAGACUCACCAAUCAUAAGCCGGCACCCAAACCGUUGAAUCCAAACGUUUUCAAGCUGCCGCCAGGUACAGUUUCCAUGUCAAUGCCAUCCAUGCCAAUGGUUCCACAAAUGCCUAUGGCUCCCCAAAUGGCCAUGCCAAUGCCGCCUCAACCUGCCAUUGUUUCCCCCGGUGACCCCAGAAUCGGCGGUGUCUUGUGCCCAAGAUGCAAGGGUAGAGGUAUGGUGCAUUUCUUCCUAGAUCUUGAAAGAUGCCACGUCUGUAAUGGAUUGGGAAGGGUUGCUUCUAACGGUAGACCGCUAUAA